AUGACCAGCAAGGAACUCGUUCUCGUCACUGGCGGAUCAGGCUUCAUCGGAAGCCACAGCAUUAUCCAAUGCCUUGCAGCAGGUUAUCGCGUCCGAACGACCAUUCGGUCACUGAAACGCGAAGGAGAGGUUCGAGAAAUGCUUCGUACCGGUGAAGCCACGAACCUAGAGGAUGUCUCCUUCGUCGAGGCUGAUCUCACCAAAGAUGACGGCUGGAAAGAAGCUGUUCAAGACUGCAAAUACGUUCUCCAUGUCGCGUCACCAUAUCCUCCCUCUGAGCCUAAGGAUGAGAACGAACUGAUUAUUCCCGCUCGAGAGGGUACAUUGCGCGUUUUGCGCGCCGCCAGAGACGCGCACGUCAAACGCGUCGUGGUAACUUCGUCUUUCGCAGCUGUCCAUGGAGAUACUCGCAAGCAAGAUCCAAACAAGCCGCUUACUGAGGAAGAUUGGACGAAUCUUGAACUUCCUGGGAUUAGCGCGUAUUCCAAAAGCAAGACAUUAGCUGAGCGCGCAGCGUGGGAAUUCAUCAAGAACGAAGGUGGUGAGCUUGAGAUGGCUGUUAUCAAUCCUUGUAUGGUUGUGGGACCUGUGCUGGCAGCAGAUACCUCGUUGUCGAUUGAGGUGAUAUCGCGUUUGAUGAAUGGUGCUGUGCCGGGUUGUCCAAACUUACCUUUUGGAUUUGUGGACGUUCGAGAUGUAGUUGGAUUACAUCUGCUAGCGAUGACAAGCCCCAAGGCGAAUGGAGAAAGAUUUCUCUGCAUGGCGCCACCGCAAUUGAAAAUGAAGGAGAUUUCUCUCGCCCUGCGAGAGCAUUUGGGAGAUAAGGCCAAGAGAUGUCCGACACGGAGUAUUCCCGAUUUCGUGAUCAAACUCAUGGCACUCUUCGAUCCAUCGGUCGCAUUGGUUGUCCCUAUGCUGGGCCAAUGUGUCGUAGCAUCUGUGGAUAAGGCGAAAAAUCUGCUCGGAUGGACGCCGCGUUCCAAUGUCGAUGCUGUGGUCGCUACGGGAGAGACUCUUUGGCAGUUGGGGCUAGUCAAAAGUUAG